AUGUUCAGCAUCAAGGUGUCGCGGCACUGGGCCGGCGUCGCCCCCGCUGCCGUGACCUUCGACGCGUGCCACACCUCCUGGGUCACGAACCCCGUGCGCCUGCGGCCCGCGGCGACCUCAGCCUCGAGCGAGGCCGCUGGCUCGGAGGCGCAGAAGGCGGUCAACGGCUUCCUGACCUCGGACCUCUCGCAGUGCUUCUCCAGCGCCGUCGAGUCGGGCCCUUGGUGGCUGGCUGACCUGGGCGCGGCGCGGCGCGUGGCCCGGGUCAGAGUUCACACGCGCCAGGACGGCGUCAGCGGCGACUUCGCGUCCGUGGAGGCUCGCCUGGGGGACUCGCCCGCGCACGCCUCCAACCCGCAGUUCGGCCAGAACGCCGGCUCGCCCCACGUGGGCGCCGUGGCGGACUUCACGCCCUCGACGCCCAUGCGCGGCCGCUUCCUCUCGCUGCAGAGCGUGGGCGCCGCCCCGGCCGCGCUCACCCUCUGCGACGUCGAGAUCCUGGAGGAGGGCGUCGCGGCCCAGAAGAUGAGGGGUCUGGGCGACUCAAACUGCGUGGACGUGCGCCGGAAGGGCAACCAGGUGGACGGCAUGUACACCAUCUACCCCUUCCACUGCUGCCCCAAGGCCUCCGUCAGCGUCUACUGCGACAUGACCAUGGAGGGCGGAGGCUGGACGGUCAUCCAGCGGCGCCGGGACCUUCAGCCUCGCGUCGACUUCUCCGUUUCGUGGGAAGAAUACAGGAGCGGCUUCGGCCACAGGCCCUCCGGAGAGUUCUGGCUCGGGAACGACCUCAUCCACGCCCUCACGACCCAGGCUCCCAACGAGCUGCGGAUCGACCUCAGCGACUUCACGGGCUUGACCAGGUGGGCCAAGUUCAGCCACUUCUCCAUCCGGGGCGUCGAGGAUAACUUUCAGCUGAAUGUGUCCGGGUAUUCUGGCACGGCUGGGGACUCCAUGGCCUAUCACACUGGGUCCUACUUCUCCACAAUCGACAAGGACUUGGAUAUUGCUUCUUGGAGCUGUGCGGCCGCCUUCCCCGGUGGAUGGUGGUACGUGGCGUGUCUUUCCAUCAACCUCAACGGACCUUACAUCGAGGGACCAAACUCCUACGACGGAGAAGGGAUUAUAUACAAGUCUUGGACAGGUCUUGGCUACUCCCUCAACACGACAUCCAUGAUGAUCAGGCCUACGAACUGAUGUACUUAUUUUAUUUGUUUUAACUCAUAGUACUGUUUAUAUUCCUUUUGUCAUUACCUGUCAAACUUUAACUGGAUUUAUCAAUUAACGUGUCAUCUUAUCUACCUAUCUAUUUGUCUGUCUGUCUGUAAGUACACUUGCUUUAUUUUCUUCUGCAGGAUUUUCCUUCUCAUGCUAUGUUAUGACAAUGAAGCAGAUAUUUGUUGCUGGCCAAGGUGUCCUCUCCAAAUAAAACCAGUUUCAUCUAGCUAUUCAUAAAAAAGGAACAUGUAGAGAGAUGUAGAGAAAUGCAUGAGUGAUAUUGAAUAAUUUUGGGUUUUAAUCAUUAGGUGUUUUUUGAUGAAUAUAUAAUAAUGAAACAUUAAUAAAGUAUACUGCAUUGAGGAACUUUCACUCUUGUUGCAUAACAGACUAAAGAUUUGUUUCUUUUUGUGUGCUAAACUUGUACCAAUACAGUGAAAUAACUGAUGAUCUCUCUAACAGCUAAGAACCACAUAUUUUUAAUGUAAUGCUCAACAUUCUCUAGUUAGUUUUUUUUUUUUUUUUACAAAAUUGUAAAAUUCCUUUUCAUAUAUGCCCUCCUGAUCAAGAACUAAAAAGUUUACAACUUGGUACAUUACUAUCUAAGUCAUAUAUAAUAUAAAUAGGAUACACUGUGUAUAUUCUACCAACUUUUUUUUCAUCUAUUUAAUCAUGUGAAUUACCAAGACAUAUCAAUAUUACCAAUAAGUAUGAAAUAUUCUUUAUAACCUUGGUUGUUUAACACAUUCACACUUCUUGUAAUCAAGUUUUAGAAUCUAAAUAGGUAAACAGAUUACAGAUUUUGAGUAAUGUUAAGAAUAUACGCUGCUCAUAUCUUUCUUAUCAAUUCUAGCACAAUAAUAAUAUUCACUCAAGAACCAAGCGAGUGCAAGUUUACAAUAUAUCCGUAGUUGUGAACUUUAAUUUAAGCUAGCUUUUCUCUACUUUUAAAUUUAUAUCACUGAACUAUUACCACAUUUUACAGAUAAUAAAUGCUGAAUGUGAUUUCUUAUUUCAACAGUUGCUUGAUAGUGUCAUAAUAGCAUUAUGUGAGAUUCUAGUCACCUUGAGUAUUCCUGAACAUUUUAAAGAAAUUGUCACAUCUAUUAAGAUAACAGUAUAUAUUUCAUUAUUACACUGCUUCACUGAAUAAGAAGUGGCUUGGUAGAUGUAGGCAAAACUAAUUCAAAUCUUAUACUUUAGUGUCACUCUCUCUGUACCCUUAUUCCAAUAAAAUUACAAUUAUGCUUCCUGUAUUUCUACUUCGAACACAUUGCGUACACUAUGUGCCAACUGAUACAUGGCGUAGUGUUCCCAGUUUUCAGUCGAGUACAUUUAAAUCUAUUCUCUAUAUGUCAAGGGUUAUGCUCCUUACCUCUUACUGCUUCUAAAUCAGAUGAUUAUUGUAUAACUAAAAGAAGUUACAACCAUACCCUUGUUUCAUCAAUAUAUACCAGGAUAACAAAAUUAAAGCAUUAAUUAAAUAAUGAUAAUAAUAGAAUAAAACAUCCCACAAGCCAUUGUAGGCAAUUUCGGCAAAAACAGUUAAUGUCUUCAUCUUUCCAGGACACUGAGUAGUAUGAUAUAUGCUUAGCUACCUUAUAAAGGCAAAGGUGUGAAUGAAGGAAGUAAUGAAUGAUGAUAAACUAAAAAGACAAUGAAACAUACGAUGUGCCCUACUACUAAAUCUAAAGGUAAAAGAAAUCUCCCCCAAACAUUAAUGGAACUAUUAAGUACAAACGUAUUUCUGCAUUGAUCGACAACCUCGUGGAUCGCUCAAGGAAAAGUGGGUUUUACUGCCUGAAUCCCUCACAAUACAUAGUGGGGCAUCCUGAUGGCAUACAUGACAACUUUUCACAAAAUAUUUCUAUGAACAAGUUGAUAUAUCCAGUGAGCUCAAGACAUGCAGAACACGAUCUUGUACAACAUUCACCUCU